CACAAACCUUAAAACCCUAACUGGGAUUAUUCCGUUUCACAUAAGUUUUUGACGGAAAAAAAAUUCGAUUGAUCGACAAAAGGGUCGAAGAAUGGCAACAAGAAACAAAAAGAAGAAGAAGCUCAUCAAUUCACAAUCUAGAAACAUCGUCAACAACAACAUGGAGGACGUGGGAGAGGAUAGGAUUAGUAAAUUGCCUGAACCCUUAAUUCAUCAUGUACUCUCUUUUCUUCCUAUCAAAUAUGCUGUUUCCACCACAAUUUUAUCAAAGAGAUGGAAAAAUCUCUGGAUAUCUAUGCCCGUUUUUGACUUUCUUGAUUGGCGAUCUAUUACUUAUGCCCCGGGGACUGAAGGUGGUGAUUUCAAGCUACAUCAAGAAACCAAUAGGUUUAUGGAUUUCUUGGACAAUACAUUGUUUUCUAAUAAUAACGCAUCAUCAACUAUACAGAGAUUCCAUCUCAAUUGUGACAAUGAACACUUUGAUGCAAGCCGGGUGAGGGAAUGGAUUACUGCUUUAAUAAAGCGUAAAGUCGGAGAGCUUAAUCUUAUGGUGAAUUGCCCGAGAUCCAAUCUGGUUCCCGUUGACCUUUUCAUUUGUGAAUCACUGACGAUAUUGGAUUUUGAUUUUGGAAAAGAACAAGUUCUUGAGUUCCCACAAUCAAUUUCUUUACCAAAACUUAAGGUACUUCGGUUAUCGUAUGUUCUAUUCAAGGAUAAGGCACUGGCGCAACAAUUUUUUUCUAACUGUCCUACACUUGAAGAAUUAGUAUUGUGCAGAUGUAGGCGGAAUGAUCUAGAUGUCUUAUUUUUCUCAGCACCGCGACUUAAGUUCUUCGCCUUAAAGGGUUCUCUAAGAGAGCGUUUUUGUUAUAACCUUAGAGUUGAGAUCGACGCACCAAAUCUAACCUCCAUUGAGUAUGGUGGCUGGCUACCAAGAGACUUUCUUGCGGGUAACUUUCCAUCACUAGUUGAAGCAGAUUUUUGCCAUGCCCGUGAUAACAAAGUAAUUACAUUAGAUUCUUUAUCUAAGUUUGUAAGACUGUGUUCCAAUAUAAAGCUCCUUAAAACAUCAUACAAGUGUUUUCAGAUUUUUGGCAUUGCAAAUGUUCCCUUAACAAGUUUCCCAACCUUCAAUAAUUUGGUGCGUUUGGAAGUGGAUUACGAUUAUCCUCAUUUUCCGUUACCUUCCAUGAAUUCGUUAGUCAAGUUUCUACAUUUAUCACCAAAUUUGGAAUCACUAGUCAUCAAUCAGGUACCUUUUAUUCAAGAAGUCAAUGGGUAUGAGUUGACAUUAAACACAACGCCUCAUUGUUUGUUGCUCUGCCUCAAUUCACUCGAACUUCGAAACUGUAAAGGUCUCCCGGAGGAGAUGGAGUUUGCUAGAUUGUUUUUGAAGCAUGCUCAAGUCCUUCAACUGGUGAUAUUUAGAAGAGGAAUUUCACUAAAUUCUUCAUGCGAAAUCAUUCAGCAGUUACAAAAUUAUCCAAGGGCUUCAACACACUGUAGUUUUCAGUUACUGUAAAACGUACAUGACCAAAUGUGCUAGCCAUGACAGAGUGACAGACCAUAGCAGCAGAAGAUUUUCUUAUCAAGUCUUUGAUUCCCGUUUAGUCUAGGUAUGUUAGUUCUUUAUUUUGUAUUUCCUUCUUUAUUCUCAGUAAAUCAUUAUUUAUCGAUGAAACAAAAUGUAUUCACAUCAGCCAAACAAUUUUUGGUAUUCUUAAGUUUCACAUUCAGUUUGUUUGAAGGCUAAGGUUAGAAAUGCAUGGCUUCUGUAACUUUGAAGUUUCCUAUUGAGUUAUCUGGUGCUGAAGUUUCUAGUUCUGUGACUUUGAAGCUCUGAAUUAAUGUGAAUUUCAUGGAUGAGUGAUCAAUUGUCACGUCAGAAUCUCCAUGGAAGAUUUGAAGUCGCCGACUGUUACUCAUUGAUCAGUUUGUCCACUAUAGAACCAGUUGUUGAAGGUUGUAAUUUUCAUCAGUCAAACACAUCAAUAAAACCCAGUUGCAGUUCUUGUUGAAGCUUCCCCUAGGAUC